AUGAGACAGAGGUCUGGGCGGAACUACUCAGCAGGGUGGCGGCAGGUACUAGUGCCUUUCUUACUGUCUUUGUUCCGCGGGGCUCUAUCUGACCAGAUCCACUAUUCAAUUUCAGAGGAACUGGCCAAGAACACAGUGGUGGGAAACCUCGCCAAGGACCUGGGAUUCCGUGUCCGGGAUUUACCGGUCCGGAAGCUGCGGAUUAGUGGUGAGAAGGAAUAUUUUACUGUAAACCCAGAGAAUGGCGAUUUACUUGUGAGUGACAGAAUAGACCGAGAACAGAUUUGUGGGAAGAAGCCUCAGUGUGUUCUGGAUUUUGAUGCUAUAGCUGAAAAUCCACUAAAUAUUUUCCAUGUAACAGUAAUUGUGAAGGAUAUAAAUGACAACAUUCCACUUUUUAAACAGAGUACUACGGAUUUAAAAAUUGUAGAAUCCACUCAGCCAGGGACAACAUUUCCACUAGACCCAGCUCUGGACUCAGAUGCUGGUCCUUAUUCACUGCAAAGAUACCACCUUAAUGAUAAUGAAUACUUUGAUCUCUCAGAGAAACAGAAACCAGAUGGACGCAAAUAUCCUGAGUUGAUUCUGAGACAUUCUCUGGACAGAGAAGAGCAGAAUUUCCAUCAUUUGGUCCUCACAGCGGUGGAUGGUGGGGACCCACCUCAAAGUGGCACCACCCAGAUCCGCAUUCAGGUCACUGACGCCAAUGAUAACCCUCCUGUAUUCAGCCAAAACACAUACAGGGUCCGUCUGCGGGAGGACAUGCCCCCUGGCACCUCGGUUUUACGAGUGGCAGCCACCGAUAAGGAUGAGGACGUCAAUGCGGAAAUUACCUACUCCUUUCAUAAUGUGGACGAACAGGUGGCACACUUUUUCAGCUUAAAUGAAAGAACAGGAGAAAUCACAACAAAAGAUUAUUUGGAUUUUGAAGUUGCCCAUACUUACACUCUGAGUAUAGAAGCAAAAGAUUCUGGCGAUCUAGCUGCCCAUUGCAGUGUCCAAGUAGAUAUUCUUGAUGAGAACGAUAGUGCACCUGAAGUGAUCGUGACUUCUGUAUUUACCCCUCUACCAGAAGACUCCCCUAGAGGAACAGUGAUCGCCUUGAUCAAAACGAGAGACAGAGACUCUGGAGAAAAUGGAGAAGUUUACUGCCGCGUCUUUGGAAAUAACGAGUUUAAAUUGAAAUCUUCUUCGAAUAACUAUUACAAGUUAGUGACAGAUGGCACCUUGGACCGCGAGCAAAUCCCAGAGUACAACAUCACCAUCAUGGCCACCGACAGAGGCAAGCCGCCCCUCUCCUCUAGCACAAGCCUCACAGUGCACAUUGGGGAUGUAAAUGACAACACUCCGGCUUUCCACCAGUCCACCUAUUUGGUCCACGUGGCUGAGAAUAACCAACCAGGCUCCUCCAUCGCGCAGGUCAGAGCCUCAGAUCUGGACUUGGGGUCCAGCGGCCAAGUAUCUUACUCCAUCGUGGCCAGCGACCUGGAACCCCAAGCGCUGUCCUCCUACGUGUCUGUGAACGCUCAGAGCGGGGUGGUGUUCGCGCAGCGAGCCUUCGACCACGAGCAGCUGCGUGCCUUCAAGCUGACGCUGCAGGCGUGUGACCAGGGCUCACCAGCGCUUUGCGCCAACGUGAGCCUGCGAGUGCUAGUAGGCGAUCGUAAUGAUAACGCGCCCAGAGUACUGUACCCGGCGCUGGAGCCUGAAGGCUCGGCGCUCUUCGACACUGUGCCUCGCGCAGCGCAGCCAGGUUAUCUGGUAACCAAGGUGGUGGCAGUGGAUGCAGACUCGGGACACAACGCCUGGCUGUCCUUCCACGUGCUACAAGCCAGCGAGCCCGGGCUUUUCAGUCUGGGACUGCGCACCGGGGAGGUGCGCACGGCACGUGCCUUGGGCGACAGAGACGCCUCUCGUCAGCGCCUGCUGGUCGCUGUGCGUGAUGGAGGACAGCCACCCCUCUCCGCCACAGCUACACUGCUCCUAGUCUUCGCUGACAGUCUGCAAGAGGCGCUGCCAGACCUCAGCGACCGCCCCAUGGCCUCUGACUCCCAGGCGGAACUGCAGUUUUACUUAGUAGUAGCUUUGGCUUUGAUUUCGGUACUCUUUCUCCUCGCAGUGACCUUGGCCAUUGCGCUGCGCCUGCGUCGUGCCUCCAGACCCACCACUUGGGGCUGUAUUCAACCAGGUGUCAGCUCCAAUUCUGGACCUGGGGUUCUUCCCAACUGCAGUGAGGGUACACUGCCCUAUUCCUACAAUCUGUGUAUUGCCUCACAAUCUGCUAAGACAGAAUUCAAUUUUUUCGGCAUGACUCCGGAAUUGGCUCCCACUCAGGAUCUCCUCAGUGAUGAUACGUCUUGGGUACCUAACACAAAUCGUGAGGACACUGAGAUACCAUUUGCUUCAGAUACUAUUUUAGAGGUGAGCGCUACUUUUUAA